AUGCUAUUUUUAAUUAGGAACCUGAGUGGAUGGAUACUUCUCCUGUUCGUGGUGAAUACACAACUGCAUGAUGGAUCGCACAAAUGGCAGAAAGGAUUGAAGGGGGGCAGAGUCCUCAAGGGAAUAGAUGCCCACAGUUGUAUCCAUGCGAACAAGAAUAAGUGGCAACCAAACCGGAACAAAUAUUGCAAGCCAAGAAGUUACCUGUACAUACAGAAUCAAAGAAGGAAGAAACGCCAGUCAUACAUGCUUAAUAGGUAUAAUGUCUGCUCGAUUUUUUCAAUCUUUGAUAAGAGCAAUGAGGCGAAAAAGAAAAAUAUCGAGAGGGAGUCAACCAGUACCGGCGUGCCGCAUAAGGGGAAUGCACCCAACAAAGGAAUGUUACAAGGGGAAAAAACAUCCACUGGAGUAGUAGCACCUGGGAAGGUCCUCCCAUCCAUGGAAACCCCCCCACUGAUCACCUCCCCUGGCUGUAAAUUGGAAGGAUGCAUCGAUCUUAGCAAUCUGGAGAGCAAUCCCAAAGGGGCGCUCAAAAACGAGAUCGAGUACAGAAAGCAUUUAGAAAACUUCAAAAGCAAAAUAAUUUUAUCUCUUCAAACCAUCUUCUGUUCAUACACGAAGAGCAUAGAUACGAGUGACAAUUUGAGGAACUUUGUCCUCAACAUAUUAAGCGACUUUGAGCUAAAGUUCCGCAAGUACACACACCUGACGAAUGUGCAAAAUAUGCAUAACCAUAAAAUGAAAGAAGAAUAUUUACAGAGCAAUUACAAUUGCUUCCUUGAUAUCGUUAAGAUGAUUGAAGAGAAUCUGUACAAUAUUUUAUUGUAUAAAAUUCAGUCCAUUAAAUUGAAAGCAUUGGAUGACAUUAAAGAAACGGUCCUCUCGCAUAGGGAAAGCAACGCGGAUUACAUUUCUUACGUUAACCAUGUUAAUAAAAUAUUCGAAGUUUACGAGAAGAAGCUACAGAAUUUAUUCCCUGCAAAUUUUAAAUUUUCCCUGUAUAAUAAAAUGAGCAAAAACUGCGGCGUUGAGGAACAGCAGCCUUCCAGUAUGUCCAAUUUUGUGUACAAUUUUCCAAUAGAAAAAUAUGAACAGUUAAUAAAAAAAAAUAUAAAUUAUGUGAAAAAAUUAUCACACGAUUUGACAAAAAAAAAAAAAAAAAAACUCAUUAAAGAAAUUGAGCGAAGUAAAAAUUAUCAAAAUAUAUUACACAUUAUAGACAAUCAACAGAAGCAAAUUGAAAUUUUACAGGAACAACUCGAAACAAACGUGGAAGGUUCCCCUGGGAAAUACUCCCCCUUUCACUGCGCAGUUGCCUAUAGGAUUCCCGACACCAAUUUGAACGUUUCAACUCAAUACGUUAAAGGGAAAUUUAAUGUUAAAAUGAAUUGCAUUCCAGAUGAUUCAUUGCAUUUAUUGGGGUCAUAUGGAUUUGUGAAAGCCCUCCCUUUUGGUAACUUAGGUCUGUCCUUUUCCAUGAACUUUUGA